AUGCUCCGUUUUUUGUUUUUCCUUGGAAUUGUUCACAUUUCUCAACAAUAUUGUUAUUCGGAAUCGGAUUUUCUCUGGGAAGUUGAGCUCAGUCCUCAGGUAAUGAAGGUAAACAGGGCAUAACUACUGACAAUAAAAUUAUUAUUUCAGAUUCAUCCAAAGCAUCGACUACUGAUUGAAUUUGAAGGAAUCGCAAAUUACGUCUUCAUCUUUGAUUGUACUCACAAUAUCGUGGAGAAACGUCAAGUUUUUGAUUAUAAACACCGUGUUUAUGCUCUACAUAUGAAGAUGUGCCCGGAGUUUUGUGAUUGUCUACCUCCAAACAUUACGACUGUGGAAAUUCCAAAAGAAGUUGUCAAGAAUAAAUACGGUGUAUCAAUUGAAAAAUUCACAAAAAUUGUCAAUCGAUGCCCAGGAAAGGUUAGUUGAUUUUUGAAAGGGAGAGGGUGUUUUCUAACGUAUGAAGUGUGUGAGGUAUUUUGAAAAAAAAUCGUUUGCUACAAUUUUUUAUGUUGAAAACAUACCACCUUCAGUUUUUGCUGGGUGACUCUCCGAAUUUUUUCGACACUUGGCUCAAAAUUUUGCUGCCUUUUGGAGAGUUGUUCAGCGAAAACUAGAAAAAAUUAUGUUUUUUUUCAACGAUAAUUUUGAAUCUUGUAAAAAGUGACCACAUUUUAGAAAUGGUCUGCUUCAGAACUUUCUUUCGAAUAUCAUAUUCUCUUCUGGAUGGUUAAGUGCAGACAAAUUAUGUGGUCCGAGCCAGAAUUAAUUACAAUAAUCGAAAAAUCUGAGAGCGAAUGAAAAACAGCUAUUUUAUAAUUUUUAAAUCAAAAAGUAAGAGAUUAUUGUUGAAACUUUUCAAAAAUUGAAAUAUUCUUUUUUUCAAUUUGAAGGGAUCUGGACAAAACGAAGAUAUCAAUCAUCAUCUGAGAAUGCUGGCAACAGAUAUUCAAACUGCAUUCUGUGCAUUUUUAUUUUUGUCAUUGAUUUGGUUUUCUUAUAGAUUCCUAAUGUAAAAAGUAAUCAUUUGUAAUUUAUUGUACACACAUAUUGUCAUUCCGAAAAAAUAAGAACUUGGAAGAGAAUCGAGAUGGCCUAGGACACCAAGACUACAGUAGACUUCGCAAAAUUUUGGAGUCUAUUUGAAAAAUAAAAUGCGAAAUUUACACGUUGGCUAUUUGCCAACCAGUUUGAUGUGCAUGUGUCACGUCAUUUUUAGUCUACUGUACGUGACCGCCAAUUCAAACGGGGGUUCUUUUAUUUUCGGAAUGACAAUAUAUGAUAUUUUUGUUUUGGUUUUUUUUGAUUGAUGUUUUCAAAGAGAAGCUUGGCUACUCUGAAAUUUCUGAAAAUUUUCAUUUAUUUUUAUAAUUAAUGUUUUAUUUAGAUAUUUCAUAUAUUGUCAGAAAGUCGAUCUUCUUGGUUUUGAGCAUUCAGCAUCAAGAAGAAUUCAAAUCAACUUCUGGCAAGAUGAAUCUGGUACUGGCCAAUCGGAGAAGAAAAUUUUCACUGUAAGUUACUCAAUGAAACUCAAAAUAAUUCUUUAAAAUAUUGAUUUUCCAGAUAAUUCAACUCCAAAAACAAACACAAAAACCUGGACCGCUCCAUCAAAUUGUCUAUCAAAAUCAAAUCUACCACACUAUCAAAUCAUCGAAACAUAUAUUUAUAAAAAAAUGUCAAUACGCAAUAGACUAA